AUGAAAUCAGCCCACGUCUACAAAAAGGGGGAAGAUCAGCUCGAUGUCCAGAUCAAGGAUAUUCCUGUCCCCAAGCCCGAGCCCAAUCAGGUCCUCAUCAAAGUGGUUGUCUCGGGUACAAACCCCAAAGAUUGGAAAUACCCCAUCGUCUUCAAAGGGGCUCAAGGACUUAACACGGGCGACGACAUUGCUGGCUAUGUCGAGGCAGUUGGUUCCAAUGUCAGCGAAUUCAAGGUUGGCGACCGCGUGGGUGCCUUCCAUGAGAUGCGCACGCCUCAUGGAUCCUUCGCCGAAUACGCCAUCGCCUGGGAAAAAACCACUUUCCAUCUUCCUCAACAAACCUCGUUCGAAGAGGCAGCAACCAUCCCCCUGGCUGCCAUGACUGCCGCCGUCGGUCUUUAUUGCCGUUUGGGCUUACCAGAGCCGUGGGUCACCGUGUCUCAGGCCCGCAAAGAUGCUCUCGCCGGGGGCGUGGUCGUCUAUGGCGCUGCUUCCGCCGUGGGAGCUUUCGCGGUCAAGCUUCUGGUCCGCUCCAAGAUACACCCAAUUAUCUGCGUUGCCGGCCGGGGCAUCCCAUUUGUCGAAGGCCUGAUUGACAAGUCCAAGGGCGAUACCGUCAUCGACUAUCGCAAGGGUGACGAGCAUGUUGUUGACGGCCUCCGCGCUGCGGUCCCUGCCGGGCAAAAACUCUUGUACGCUUUUGAUGCUGUUAGUGAAAAGGGUAGUUACCAGAACAUUAUCAAGGUUCUCGACCCUUAUGGACAUAUUAGCUUGGUUCUUCCGGGAAAGAAGUACGAAGAGAUCCCCAAGACGGUCAACCAGACCCUUACCACUGUGGGCUCUGUCCACGGUGUGCCGGAUGACCUGAGCGACUUUGGGUAUGCCUGGUUCAGACUAUUCAGCCUCGGUCUAAAGGAAGGCUGGUUCAGUGGGCAUCCGUAUGAAGUGGUUCCUGGGGGAUUAAAUGGCGUCCAGACAGGCCUGGAGAAUCUUCUUCAGGGCAAGGCAAGCGCUGUCAAGUAUGUUUAUCGCAUUGCCGACACAGAGGGUGUGGAGAAGAGCAAGAUUUAA